AUGAGGUUUCCAGGUGGUCCUGCAACUGAACAAAUAACUCAAACUUCAUUCGCUCCGUUCGAAAUGGCGGUAGCAAUGCAUACGUUGGUUCAGGCUGUUGACCAGACAAGUACCCUUCAGGAAGCACCGGACUUCGGAAUUCGAGGCAAGCCAGGAACCCCAAAAGAGAAAAUCAUCAAAAAUUUCGAAGUGAUGGUCAAGCCUCAAGGUCAUGCUCUUGAACAGGAACAUAACGCUAUGAAAGAAGCGAGCCCCUCACUCAUUUUUUUGCGGUCUCGAAAACCCCGAACCCUGUUGGCUUUUGCUGGUGACACUCAGAACCCUAGGUUCUCCUUCCAAUGCGAUCUAGUCAAGGAGUAA